AUGGUUCGCGUCCCUGAACAGGCGUGGCGGCGCCUCGCCCAGAGAACUCUCUUUCUUUCUUCGCCGUCCGAGCCUGCUCGCGCCGCGUGCGUGUCCCCAGGCGUUCUCGCUGCCAAGCAGGCGGCGGACGAGAAAUCCUUCGACGCGUCUUCGCGAAUCCGCCUCUGGGCGGCCCUCGCUGCGGGUGUCUCCUCCGUCGUCUUCUUCUCCGACAGCUAUCAGCGCGCCGACAAGCGCCUCGCCCGAGCGUUCGGAAACGCUCCGCGGGCAGUUGCCUGCGCAGAGAAACCAAAAGGGAAGGCCGUCGACCUCGGAGCAGUCGAAGACUUCGAGAAAGGCGGACUCUACGAGGUCGCCGUGAACGGCGGAAAAGACAAAGUUCUUCUCUCACGAACUGCCGACGGCACUUUCUACUGCACUGGAGCAAGCUGCAGCCACUACAGCGCAUCUCUCGUGAAAGGUAUCGUCACGGCGAAGCGAACCGUCACGUGCCCGUUCCACGAUGCCGAGUUCGACCUUGAAACUGGAAAAUGUGUGAACGGGCCCGCGCUCAGCGCAAUUCCAACGUACGCCAUCGAAGUCAAGAACGGACGUGUCGUCGCGCAGAUCCCCGACGAGGUGACCGUACGGGCGAAGGGGGUGUACGCGAAGGAGAAAAAAGGGAAAAAAACGGAGACGUUCGUUCUCCUCGGAGGCGGGGCAGCGGCGGCGACAGCUGCUGAGACUCUCCGCGCGGAAGGCUUCGACGGCCGCAUUGUCAUGAUUUGCGAGGAGUCGGUCCCUCCCUACGACCGCCCGGUGCUGACGAAGAAUCUCAACGCGAAAGUUGACAAUAUUCUUCUUCGCCCUCUGCAGACUCUUCAGGAGGAGCUGGACGUUCAGGUGCUCCUCAACUCUCGCGCCGUCGGUGUCGACUUGAAGAAAAAGACCGUCCGCCUCGAGGGAGGCGCGGCAGAUGUGAACUUCGAUAAACUUCUUCUCUGCACUGGAAGCGAGACGCGUCGCCUGUCGGGGCUGCCGAACGGGACCGCCCGUGGCAUCUUCACGGUGCGGGACGUGAACGAUCUUCAGGAACUCGGGAAGUUCCUGGAGGAAAACAGCCGCUUCAACUCGAACCCUCGAGUAGCCAUCAUCGGUUCCUCCUUUGUCGGCGUCGAACUCGCCUCCGCCUUCCAGCGACGCGGCUGCAAAAAUGUCACAGUCAUCGGCCAGGAGAGCGUCCCUUUCGAGAGGAUCUUGGGACAUCGCGUAGGCGAAAGCAUCAAGCAGUUGAUCACCGGCAAAGGCGUGCGUUACUACCCGCACAGCAAAGUGACAGGUUUCACGUCGACCCGCAACCGCGUCACUGGUGUCGAGCUCGCCUCCGGGGAAAUCAUCCAAGCAGACAUCGUCCUCGUGGGAAUCGGCUCAGUCCCUGCCACGAAGUUCCUCGCGAACCAGGCAGACUUCGCUCUCGCCCGCGACGGGUCAAUCGUCACCGACCCGCUUCUCAGACUUCCUUCCAACCCGGAUGUCUACGUGGCCGGUGACAUUGCCACGUACCCAUAUGUGAAGACGGGCGAGGAGAUCCGUGUGGAGCACUGGGCUGUGGCGAUGCAGCAGGGGCGAGUCGCGGCUCUCAACAUGCUCGGUCGACACGUGCCAUUCACGCAGAUUCCCUUCUUCUGGACGAUGAUUUUUGGGAAAGCGAUGCGAUUUGCAGGAUGGGUCGGCAGCGGCUUCGAAGAGGUUAUUGUCGAGGGCGACAUUGACAAGCAAGAGUUUGUUGCCUACUAUGUCAAGGAUGACCGCGUCACAGCCGUGUGCACGAUGGCUCGCGAUCCGGUCGCCGUGGCGGCGGUGGAGCUUCUCGAGCAGAAUUUGAUGCCGUCGCCCGGAGAGUUGCGUCAAGGUCUGAAGAACUCCCAAGAUGUUGUGGCGCUGGCCAAGGUAAGAGAUUGUCCCAGCGGCGCACGAGAGUUGCGUCAAGGUCUGAAGAACUCCCAAGAUGUUGUGGCGCUGGCCAAGGAGGCGGCGGCCACCAAGACUGUCAAGCGACUGGUUUGA